AUGGAUGGGCAACGACAGCAAUAUAUUCCACCACCCCCCCCUCCUCGUCAGCCGGCCCAUAUUCCAGCGCAGCUCCAGUCGCAGCUCCAGCCGUUAGUCCCGCCUCCACCUCCAGGUCCUCCUCCAGGCACAACAGGGUACGGGGUUCCUCAAGGAUGGCAACCACAGUCUUGGGGCAAAUCUGUACUGACUACUGGCUUGCCCCCUCCGCCACCUCCGCCCCAGAAUCAACAACAUGCCCCAUACCAACCCGCUGCUAUGGCUGCUAUGGACAACCUUCCUCUGACAUCGGCCACCUAUGUUCCUGGAAAUGAUACCAUUGGAGGGUUUCCACCUUUGUAUGACCCCCCAGGUCGACCUACUUAUGAACCUUACUUGCAACGGCCGACCGCUCCUCAACCAUACCUCACAGAGGCUUCGUACAAUCCUCAAACACCCGGUGGGCGAAUUGGCCAGCCGCACGUUUACUCUCAUACUGCCGGUCCUGAUCAAUCCCACUACGGCGAUUCCCAAUUUCCGUCAUCGAGCACUCAAGGAACGCCAAGCCAUGGGGUGAAUCUUGUCAAGUCACCAAGCUAUCGUCAAUCUCCCGGCAAUGGGUCGCUCGCUGGCCUCUCGCCUGGAAUUGCCGCAUCCCAGUGGCCACUCGAGCGUGUUCUUCAGUGGCUUGCCAAAAAUGGGUUUUCUCAAGAUUGGCAAGAGACUUUCAAGUCAUUAGAGCUCCAGGGCGCGGACUUCCUGGAGCUUGGUCUAGCAUGGAAUGGUCGCGGAAACCUUGGGAAAAUCCAUAGGGUUGUCUACCCUCAGCUGCAAAAAGAAUGUGCACGCAGAGGAGUUGAAUAUGACCAAGCUCGCGAGCGUGAGGAAGGUCGCCGUAUUCGUCAAUUGAUCCGUCAUUUGAAUGAGGGCUCGGAAGACACUGUUUCUACCCCAUUGCAAGGAGAACCGCCGGUGACGAUACCCGGCCCAGCUGACAAUGCUUAUGCAACCUACAACCCGAAAUUUAUUCCAGAGCCCCGUUCAGCUGGAGCAAAUGGAAAACUCGAUUUCACGGCGGAACAGCAAAGCUUAGCCCAAAGGCCAUCGACCGCGAAUGUCGGCAAACCGGGAUCCCAAAUGCGUUCUUUUACAACUCCGAUCUCCGCACACCCCCAUCACGACUCGCCAUUAGAUUCUCCCUCCCGUGAACCCACCACCUGGCUACGAUCCGACUAUACGCGUGGUGUCUUAGCUGGGCUGGGCGAGCAUCGAAGGCAAAGCCCGUCGACUUCCAGUGAAGUUCAAUUUCACCCUGGCUCGUCUAGUCCCAAAAGCGGGAGCCCGGCAAUGCAGUAUGCCUCUCCGGCCCAGCCAGGGCUUACAUCACACUCCACUGGAGACCUGCCUUUAAGAAAUGAGCAUUCACGGGGGAAUAGUACAGAUUCAACCGCUGCCGCAGGGCGCAACACUGGUCGCUAUUAUGAGCAGCACAGAGUGGCACAAGAGGCAAAUCGUCAAUCUCCUCAAGAUUCCACACCUGGAAGGCCUCUUAGCGGGGAAUCAACAUCCACCCAGAGAGAACCCAGCAAAGGAAUCCGGGAGUUUUUCAAAAAGAAAACGAAGAGCAAUACUUCAAACCAUGCUUCUCCCGAGGAGCCAAGCUCCGAGUAUCCUACGACCCCCGAGCCUUCUACGCUUUAUUCGGUUGGUGCGUACAGCAACAGCGACCUUUCUCUGGGCGAACGACCCUCUUCCUCUUCAAAGCCGAAAACUAAGAAGUGGAUUUUUGCAACCACUGAUGGAGUCAAUUACCGCUUGAUUGAUGUUACUGAUUAUGAAUCUGUGGAAACCUUGCGGGCCGUGAUCUGCAAAAACUUGGAAAUAUCUGAUUGGGCAAGCGCCCAGAUAUUUUUGACUGAACCUGGCCAGACAGAGCAUGACGAACCAGUAAACGACACCAACCUAGCCAUCUAUCGACGCAGGAAGUCCGAUGCAUAUGGCUCGUUAAAGCUGUUUGUUCAUGGAACGUCUGAUCGGGCAACCAAGAACCGGCCUCACAACUUCAAUGGCCUUGAAAAACCUGCUUUAUCACCUGUUGCCAUCCAAACCCCAAUCCAUCGAAAACCUCUGGAUGAGGAUGCCUUGCAGAGAAUAUCACCACAAAACCCGAAGCCUAGCUCACCACUCUUGAACUCCCGGCAGCCAACACUCCGGCCGAAGAGUUCCAAGAAUGAUCUGAUUAGCUCUCAAGAUUCCCAAAAGGCUUCAGACACUGACAAUGCUGAUAUAGCCGCCCGUCAUGAAUCUUAUUUACUUGAUGUUGAACGAAAGCAAAGAGAAAACCAUAUUUCACGUGUCCCCCCAUCCCCACAGCACCGAAAGCCAACCUACGGUGAAACUGGCUAUAGAGGCGGUUUUGUCGAUUUCGAUCUGCCUCGAGUGUCACCGUACGAAGAGAGACGACUAUCGUCUAGCGAUGAGAAGAAGCCAGAGACAUUGGUGCCUUUACGCAAACCACCAGUGGCUCCUAAUGAAUCAAAUACGUUGACAAAAGUCAACUCUCUUCGCAAAGCCCCUGGGCAGCGGGAACGUCUACAUCUGCACACUCACGCUCAGAACCAGGCUUCCCACGGCCUGGGAGCUGUUUUGGCCAGCGUUGGCCGAAUGACGAGCGCCAUCGGCACACCAAUCCCUUCCGGCCGCGACUCUUCGUCGCCUUCCUCUGCAAACCGGGACAGCGUUAGUUCUGAGUCUGAAAGGGCGCAUACCGGCGAUUCUGCCGGAACAGCAUCGAGUAGGACAACUCUGGGUAAGUUCCGGGACAAGAAGCAUAAGUUGCCUUGCACGUUUUUCUGGUUUUUCAAAACGCUAAUCACCUACUUUGUAGACUCAGGGAUUGCUUCAAAAUGGGCUCCAGAUGGUGGACAAAGGUCUCCCUCUUUUGUCCCACCUGCUUCAGCAAGGCCGUCUUCUGUCAGUUCCAGGCCAUCUAUUCAAUCUCGCAAGUCAUUCGGUCCUGUCAUAGACUUCGAGGAGCAGCAAGUCUCCUUUCAAGAGACGUCUCGAGCAGCAGCGGAAGCAUCUGAUGACGACUCCGACGACGGUCUCUUCAUGGUGCCUCUAGCCAAUAACAAGCCUCAAAACCCGGAGCCUCAGACUCAGGUUAAUUCAGAAGAGAAGCCUGUUCUGAGUGUAGAUACGAAACAAAAACCGGGCCGUGUGAGGAUCAUAUCACCCGUCAACACAGCGCAGGGCAGUGGCCCUUCAGCACGCAGCUCUAAUGGCGAUGCUUCAGAUGGUCACGACCCACAUUCUAGUACCUGGUUCCACCCAAGCUCCCCAGAUGAAGAGAAGCCUCCUCCAGACCGCAGACAUUCGUUUGCCAGCGGUGACCUCUGGGCCAGCAGACCUCCUGUUGAAGGCGUUAUCGACAACCUGGACAGCUUCUUCCCGGGCGUCGAUCUCGAUGCUCCUUACCUUGGUGAACCUCAAUCGCCGAGCUCUAAAGGCAAAGACUCCGAUGGCGAUGCAACGAUGAGACCAAAGCAAGAGUAUCCUGCGCCUCCGCCCAUGCCACCUACUGAUCCCGUCGCGCGACCAGGAACUGGAAAUGCUGCAAGGCAAAUCAUGAGUCGCAACAAUGGCGGAGGCGGACUUGGGCGAGCCAAAUCUAUUCGAGAUAUCGCCCGCGGUGCAGCUGUUAGGACGAAGAGUGUCAAUGCCUCUCCACAAAGAUCGAAUGUUCCGUUGCGUCGCAAGAGCACCAAGAUGUUUGGCGCCAAGAUCAUUCAGAUGAGUCCCAAGCCUGGCAGUCGACUCAGUAAUCUCGAUCCAAUCCCCCAAAGUGCGGCUCAUCAAGCGAGUUCCAGUGCUUCCCAACCGCAACCUACCUUCCGCAUCAUCCGUGGUGAGCUUAUCGGUAAAGGAACUUACGGUCGCGUGUACCUUGGCAUCAACGCGGACAAUGGUGAAGUUCUGGCUGUCAAACAAGUAGAAAUCAACCCGCGGGUCGCAGGCACCGAUCGAGAUAAGAUAAAAGAGAUGGUGGCAGCCCUGGAUCAAGAGAUUGAUACCAUGCAGCACCUUGAGCAUGCUAAUAUCGUGCAAUACUUAGGUUGCGAGCGUGGUGAAUUUUCUAUCUCUAUCUACCUCGAGUAUAUCUCUGGUGGCUCGAUUGGUAGUUGUCUACGAAAGCAUGGCAAAUUCCAGGAAAGCGUUGUCAAGUCUCUGACCCGUCAAACUCUCAGCGGUCUAGCCUACCUCCACGAAAUGGGUAUUCUCCACCGGGACUUGAAAGCAGACAACAUCUUGCUGGAUGUGGAUGGCACGUGCAAGAUCUCAGAUUUCGGUAUUUCCAAGAAAACAAAUGACAUCUACGUCAAUGACUCGAGCAAUUCUAUGCAAGGCACCGUCUUUUGGAUGGCCCCCGAAGUCAUUCAAUCGCAGGGCCAAGGCUACAGUGCCAAGGUGGAUAUCUGGUCACUUGGGUGUGUGGUGCUUGAAAUGUUUGCUGGCCGUCGCCCUUGGAGCAAGGAGGAGGCCAUCGGUGCCAUCUUCAAGCUUGGUAGUCUCGGCCAGGCGCCCCCCAUUCCUGAGGAUGUCUCGACGGCUGCUAGCCCCGCGGCUCUUGCAUUCAUGUGGGACUGCUUUACAGUGUAA